AUAGUCAACUCCCAUAUAGAAAGUUAAAAUGAACAACAGUCUACCACCAGGUAAAAAGCCUGAUGUUAAAAAGAAGUUAGUAGUUACAGGCGACGGUGGAUGUGGAAAGACUUGUUUAUUGAUCGUAUACGCAGAGCAUAGAUUUCCAGAGGAAUAUGUACCAACAGUUUUUGAGAAUUACGUAUCAUAUCCAACAUUUGAUGGCAAGAUUGUCGAAUUAGCUUUAUGGGAUACAGCAGGACAGGAAGAAUAUGACAGAUUACGCCCGUUAUCAUAUCCUGAAUCAGAUAUUAUCUUGAUUGUCUUCUCUGUUGAUUACCCCACUAGUCUGGAAAAUGUCAAAGAUAAAUGGUUCCCAGAAGUCUCACACUUCUGCUCAGGUGUUCCAAGGAUACUCGUCGGUACAAAAAUCGAUCUGCGUCAGGAUACAGAAACGAGAAGAAUGCUAAGUAUGCAGGGUUUGAAACCUGUUACAUACGAGCAAGGUUUGCAGGUUUCCAAAGAAAUAGGCGCAUCAAAGUAUAUUGAAUGCUCAGCUAAGAAAUCUCAAGGUGUUAUAGAACUAUUCGAUCAAGCACUUAAGGAAUCAAUGAAAGGUAAAUUAACUAAAUUUGUUAAAAAGCGUAGGAAUUGCGUUUUAUUGUAGCUUCUUUUUUGUAUAUUUCCGUAAUUUUAUAUCCUUUCUUUA